GUUACAGACUUAUAAUAAAAUUUCCCUCACUAGAGUAUGGAGGAGAUCGAGCUGGGCAAAGCGACCACACGAAGUGUGGACCCCAGAGCUGGGGUGACCUACGCCUGGAGGAAACUCAACGUCUUCGCCCCUGGAAAAGGGAUCUGCAAGAAGUCACCCAAAGCACACAUUCUCAAGGACGUGUCAGGGUUGUGUGAGGGAGGACAACUUCUGGCUAUCAUGGGAUCGUCAGGAGCAGGCAAGACCACUCUCCUCAACGUGCUCACAUUCAGAUCGAGAAAGCUGGAUAUCACAGGAGACAUCUUCAUCAAUGGUCGGCCCGUCGACAAACGGACCUUGGCAGGGGUGUCAGCCUACGUACAACAAGAGGACCUUUUCACUGGCGUCUUCACAGUCAAGGAACAACUCAACUUCAAUGCCCAGCUGAGGAUCGGGAAAGAGGUUUCGCAGAAGGAGAGGAAGAAACGAGUUGACGAAGUCAUCACAGAGUUAGGCUUGAGCAAGUGUGUUGACACCAGGAUCGGCAUCCCUGGACGUAUUAAGGGCAUUUCUGGAGGAGAAAAGAAAAGACUUGCCUUCGCUUGUGAGAUGAUCACGAACCCGUUGUUGCUGCUGUGUGAUGAGCCCACGUCCGGCCUGGACUCCUUCAUGGCCAGGAGUGUGGUGAAAGCCAUGAAGAGGCUCACUUGCUUGGGCAAGACAGUCAUCGCUACCAUCCACCAGCCAAGCUCUGAGGUCUUCGCUAUGUUCGACAGCCUCCUCGUUCUGGCAGAGGGCAGAGUAGCCUUCCUCGGGACAGUUGAAGAUGCUCACGUCUUCUUCACAAGGAUGGAGAGGCCAUGCCCUCCCAACUUCAAUCCAGGAGAUCACUUCAUAUAUUCUCUGGCGGUCCGCAGCGGCGUAGAAGAAGAAUGUCGCCAAUUUAUCACUCACGUGUGUGACUCGUACAGGGAUGGCGAGGGGAUGGAGAUGGACGAAAAGGUCAACAAAGCCAUGGAAGCUCCCGUCCACGGUGACGCCUUAGCUAACGUCAAACUGCCGAAGAGUCCUUACCGCGCCUCCUGGUCCAACCAGUUCUCCGCUAUGUUAAGGAGAAGCGUCAUCGAACUCGCCAGAGACAGAGCGCUAGUUAUCGUAAAAAUUUUCCAGUCGCUGUUCUUCGCCAUCGUGUUUGGACUGAUCUUCUUCGACUUGGACAAGGAUGGCAUCAACCUGAAAUCCGUGAGAAAUAUCAGCGGCGUCAUCUUCGUGUUCCUCACCAACAUGACGUUCUCCAACAUGUUCGGGGUCGUCACGACGUUCUCAGCGGUAAUGCCGCUGUUCCUCCGCGAGCACUGGAAUGGUCUCUACCGUACCGAUAUAUACUUUAUCACGCGGAACCUGGCGGAACUACCUAUCUACAUCAUAGCUCCCAGUGGAUUCAUAGCUAUAUCUUACUACAUGGUGGGGCUGAGAGCCGAGGUUGAGUACUUCUUCGUUCACCUGGCUGUGAUUGUCCUAGUUGCGAACAUUGCUGUUUCCUAUGGGUACAUGAUCUCCUGCAUGGCGAAAAACUACCAGACCGCCAUUGUUCUGUCAACGCCCCUCACAUUUCCUCUCCUGCUCUUCGGCGGGUUCUACAUGAAGCCAGGAACUGUGCCAGUUUAUUUUGACUGGAUGAGUUACCUGUCGUGGUUCAAGUAUAGUUACGAAGUUCUCAGCAUCAACCAGUGGAAUGGCACAGAAAUUUCCGGCUUCAACAAUGAGACCAACGAGACCGUCACUGUUGAUGUAGGGGAUACGAUAUUUGACACGCUUGGCUUUAGUGAGGACAACUACUAUGUGGACAUCGGGGCUCUGCUAGCACUCCUGGUCGGUUACCGAAUCAUAGCUUUCUUCCUCCUUCUCUCCAAGACUUAUCGGUAGUCAUCCCAUCAGCGUCAUCAAAGUCAGUAUUUCACCGUGGCUACGACAGUUAGGUGGGUCACUACUGUCGGGUGCGCUCUACGGGUGACUACUUUCCCUUCGCGCCUCAGAAAAACGGCAGAGCUACAAUUUGAGAACAACACCGCGGCAAACGUAAAGAACCAAAACUUCUAUGUAGAUAUUUCAUGUACUAUAUAGAAGCAAUGGCUGCUAUAUAGUGAGGAAACGGAAACAGUGCCUCAGGUGAGAGAGAGAGAGAGAGAAAGAGAGAGAGAGGAUACACGGAAGAUACAUCCAACAA